AUGAAAGACUUAGAGGAGUUGAGAUACUUUCUUGGAAUAGAGGUUCUAAGAUCACAGGGAGGAAUUGUAUUGAACCAGAGGAAAUAUACAAUGGAACUCAUUUCAGAGGCAGGCUUGAGUGGAUGCAGGCCAGUGGCAACUCCAAUGGAGCUCAAUCAUAAGCUAACUACUGUGGACUAUGACAACCAUGUUGGGAAUACAGAAGAUAAGCAAUUGGAGGAUGCAGGAAAAUACCAAAAACUGAUAGGAAAGCUGCUUUAUUUGACCAUUACAAGGCUAAAUUUAAGCUUUGUUGUGCAAGUAUUGAGUCAAUUUAUGCAGAAUCCUAAAUAA